UCGGUGCCGCACGGGUCCAAAGGUGACCGAGGUGUGGCUUGCUCCUUCAGUACCGCGUGGCUGUGCAAGUAGGUAGGCUGUCGACGUACUCGAGGUGGUGUUGCCCUUGGAAGGAAAUCAAGUUGCCCCUUCGAGAAAGUAAAGAGACGCAAAGAUGCCGGAACUCAAGGACGACAUGUUCAAGCAAAUCCACAAAAACCCUGGCCUGCAGGUCCUCCGCAUCGAGGCCAUGCAGAUGGUCGCCGUGCCAGAGAAGAACAUCGGCAGCUUCUACGAGGGAGACUGCUACAUAGUCAUCUCGAUCCGCAAGGUGUCCUCCCAGCUGGUGGUCGACAUCCACUUCUGGCUGGGCUCGCAGUCGUCGGUGGAUGAGCAGGGGGCGGCGGCGCUCUACACCACGCAGCUGGACGAGUGGCUCGGCGGGGCACCCAAGCAGCACCGCGAGCCGCAGGGCCACGAGUCCGACACCUUCAAGGGGCACUUCAAGUCGGGCCUCGUGUACAUGAAGGGCGGAGUGGCCUCCGGGUUCAACCACGUGGACUCGAACUCGUACAACACGCGUCGCCUGCUGCAGAUCAAGGGCCGCAAGAGCGUCAUGGCGACGGAGGUGGCCUUGACCUGGGACAGCAUGAACAAGGGCGACGUGUUUCUGCUGGACCUGGGCAAGGUCAUCGUGCAGUGGAACGGCCCUGACAGCAACAAGAACGAGCGCAUGAAGGGCCUGCAGAUGUCCAUGGACAUCCGCGACCGCGAGCGCGGCGGGCGCGCCCAGAUCGGCAUCAUCGAUGGCGAGGACGAGAAGGCCUCGAGCGAGCUGCUGCGCGUCAUGGUGGCCGUGCUGGGCGAACGCAAGAAGGCGCUCAAGGACCCCGUGCCCGACGACCGGCCCGACGCCGCACAGAUGUCCAACAUCAAGCUCUACCACCUGUCAGAUGCAGAGGGGAAGCUGGUGGUGCAGGAGGUGGCUACACGGCCACUCACCCAAGACCUGCUCAAGCACGACGACAGCUACAUCCUGGACCAGGGAGGGGUGAAGAUCUACGUGUGGAAGGGGAAAAACGCCACCAAGCAGGAGCGCCAGGGGGCCAUGAGCCGGGCCCUGGAGUUCAUCAAGGCCAAGGGCUACCCCUCGAGCACCAGCGUGGAGGCGCUCGCCGAUGGGGGAGAGUCUCCCAUGUUCAAGCAGCUCUUCCAGAAGUGGACGGAGAAGGGGGAGACGCAGGGCCUGGGCAAGACCCACACAGUGGGGAAAAUCGCCAAGGUGGAGCAGGUGAAGUUCGACGCCAAGAUGCUUCACGCCAGCCCCGAGCUCGCGGCCGAGCAGCGCAUGGUGGACGAUGGCACCGGCACCACCGAGGUGUGGCGCAUCGAGGACCUGGAGAUGGUGGCCGUGGACAAGCGCCGUCAUGGCCAGUUCUACGGCGGUGACUGCUACCUGGUCCUCUACACCUACGAGCGCAACAACAAGCCCUCCUACAUGCUCUACAUGUGGCAGGGCCGUCACGCGACCAAGGACGAGGUGACCGCCUCGGCGUACCAGGCGGUGGCUCUGGAUGGGAAGUACGGCGGCGAGGCUGUGCAGGUUCGCGUCGUCAUGGGCAAGGAGCCGCGGCACUUUCUCACCAUCUUCCGCGGCAAGCUCGUCAUUUACGAGGGCGGCACGUCGCGGGAUAGCCGCAAGGAGCCCGAGCCGCCCGUGCGCCUCUUCCACGUGCGCGGCAACGACGAGAUGACCACCAAGGCCAUCGAGGUGCCGGCACGCGCCUCCGCGCUCAACUCCAACGACGUCUUCGUGCUCAAGACCACCAACACGUGCUACCUGUGGUGCGGCAAGGGCUGCAGCGGGGACGAGCGUGAGAUGGCCAAGACGGUGGCGGAGCUGCUGUGGAAGGGAGACAAGCAGACGGUGAUGGAGGGCCACGAACCCUCCGAAUUCUGGGUGCAGCUCGGAGGGAAGUCCUCCUACGCCAACGACAAGCGGCUCCAGGAGGAGGAGACGCGCGUGCAGCCGCGUCUCUUCGAGUGCUCCACGCAGACCGGCCGCUUCUUCGCCACCGAGGUGACAGACUUCUCGCAGGACGACCUGGACGAGGACGACGUCAUGCUGCUCGACACCUGGGACCAGAUCUUCCUGUGGAUCGGCAAGGGCUCGACGGACACGGAGAGGAAGGAGGCGGUGCGCCUGGCGCAGGAGUACAUCGACACGCACCCGAGCGGGCGAGACCGCGACACGCCGGUGCUGGUCGUCAAGCAAGGCUACGAGCCCCCCACGUUCACCGGCUGGUUCCAGGCCUGGGACAGCUUCAAGUGGAGCUCUGGAAAGUCCUACGACGACCUGAAGGCCCAGUUCGGAGACGUCGCUGCCAUCACUAAAAUCACAUCGGAGAUGCAGGUGACCAACGUCAAGAACCUGGCGGCGGCCGAGGAGCGCACGAGUGUCCAGAAGGCGGCGGCGGCGGUCAACACGGGCAACAUCACCACGCGCGACGGCUUCUCCAGCUCGCCCAACGCGCUGUGGGCCACCGGGCCCAUCCCUGUCGCCGACAAGUUCUACGCUCCCGAGCUGCUGCUCAACAAGGAGCCCGACCAGCUGCCCAGCGGGGUGGACGCCCAGGUCAAGGAGAUCUACCUCUCUGACGACGACUUUGAGCGCGUGCUGAGCAUGAGGAGGGAAGCGUUCUACAGCCUGCCGCUGUGGAAACAGCAAAACGUGAAGAGAGACAAAGGCCUCUUCUGAGGUCCCCGCGCUCGCCCCACCCUCGAGAGAGAGCGGCGCACGAACGCAAACGAAACGUCGGUCGCCCCGCUCGCUGCCGCACAGCCCCCUACCCCGGAGAGAGAGAGAGAGCGAUCGUUGACAUCAUCGUCACCGUCGUGGUCGUCGCCGUCGUGGGGUUUGUAGCGGCCAAUCGAGCCGCUGCGUCUUUCUCAUUGGUUAUCGUGUUGCUGGUGUUCAAACGGAGACGAUGGUGAUGGGGGGGGGGGGGCACGGAGCGAAUUUCUCCCGUUAGGUCCACGAGCUCAGAAUCGCGCAGUCAUUUCAUUCAGGGGGGUCGGUGCACAAUCACUGAACCGGGCUCAAUGACGUUUUUGCCGCCCGGUUUCCCGUCUCUCUUCUGCGGUCGGCGGCCAACAACGGGCGGAUUGCGAGUUUAGUUCAUUCCCUUUCAUCCCCUGUGGGACACAAAGGCCGCAAUGAGCUCCCUCCACUUCUCCCUGCGCUUGGCAACGUGUUGCCGCCGGCUCGUCCGUCGCGGUCUCGCGCCACAUGGGCCUCGGGUCUCCCGGGUGUCCCGUUUUCCCGGUGGUUGUCCGUCUUUUGGAGAAAAUGUUUUGUUUUGGUUAUACGGUCAACAUACUAUACGGUCAACCUUGGUCCAUUCUGAGAACGUGACCGAGCCGUCGGAGAGUCGCCGCCCCUUGACCUCUCGCGUGAUCUUAGGGCAAACGGGCGAAUGUUGUGGCAGCCGAGAUUGAAACGAGUGUGGGGUGGCGGCGGGGGGCGUUGGGAGGGGUUGGUGGGGGGCUAAUUGUGUAAUUCACCUGAAUCCAUCGGCCCCACGAAAGUUUUGGCGACCUUAAGUGGCACCCCCGAUUGCUGCUCUGCGAACAUGGACCAACAUCUGCAACGUCCCAUCGCGUUCUCUACUCCCCCACUGAAUGAAAACGUACAAUAAAUUAAAAACCUUCUCUUCACAAAUUCCAUCAAUUGUCCACCAGAGUGCGCUGCAACCCAUCCAUUCGAUAUCGGACGGACGGAAAUGUAACGAAACGUCUCCUACUCAAUGCUGCCGAGGGAACAUUAAGCAACAGAAUUACUAUCGUUUUAUAUAAAGUACGAUACUAUUCCAACAGUGUGUAGUAGUUGUAGUAAUAAUAAUGAUGAUUAUAGGAGUGUCCCAGCCUUCAUCAAUCUGCUACUGGGGAUAUAGGCGACCUCACGGGGGUGAUUGUUUGACCAUACUUCACCACGCUGGUUAGUGCGGAGCGGUGGGGGGGGGGGGGAUGGUGGUGGUAGCGGGUCGGGGGGGGGGGUGCAGAACCGGUUCAAAUAUCACACGCCACUGAAGUUAUUGUCACUGGGAAAAUGAAGCUCAAUAUCUCCAGAUUUCGUAGCGCGGUGCUCCAACUCACCGUGCCACCGCUCCCCCCGCUUGAUGUCCGUGUCACUCUCUACCGAGGUGGAGUUGAAAAAAUAAAACGUAAUGCUCUCAUCGCGUUUAUCGUGUGGUCAAGUGCGGAGAUUAAGCUUCAUUACGGUUCCACGUCUGCUCACGCACAGCCCCACCCAUGGCAGUCCCGACACCCCCCAACAAUGCACCUCUUGGCUUUAAGUGGCGGAGAUUUCACGACGGCAGGCGACCGACAGCGAGCCGCAGUCACUAUGGCUUCACGCGAAAGGGGAAUUCUCAAUGUGAUUUGUGCAUUUUUUAGAUUGUGGCUUUUUAUUUUUUUUCUCCCAAAAAUAAAUCCAAUUUCAGUCUUUCUCGAAAUGUCA